GCAAAUUAGACUUUUCAUUCAUCAAUAGUAAUCCCAGCUACUCCAUCUAGUGAGUAACACAAGAACACUUACUUCUGUGUGACCCAAAAUUCAUUUAAGAGAAAAAGAAAAAAAAGUGUCAAUGGGAAGAGCUCCUUGCUGUGAGAAGGUGGGGUUGAAGAAGGGAAGAUGGACAGCUGAAGAGGAUAAGAUCUUGACUGAUUACAUCCAAGAAAAUGGUGAGGGAUCAUGGAGGUCCUUGCCCAAGAAUGCAGGUUUGUUAAGAUGUGGGAAAAGUUGUAGACUGAGGUGGAUCAACUACUUGAGAUCAGAUGUGAAGAGAGGUAACAUCACUCCUCAAGAAGAAGAGAUCAUUGUCAAGUUGCAUGCUGUUCUGGGUAACAGGUGGUCUGUAAUAGCAGGACAUUUACCAGGUCGCACGGACAAUGAAAUAAAGAACUAUUGGAAUUCCCAUUUGAGGAGAAAAAUUUACUGCUUCAUGAAGUCCUUAAAUGAGUCCCUCCCUCCCAUUGACAUGGCUGCUGUAAACGUAGCUGCUAACUCCAAGAGAAGAACCGGUGGCCGAGGCACAAAAACUCAACAAACCAUACAAGAGGACAAGAACGUGGCUUAUAACACAAGCCAAGUGCCUCAAGUUCAACCAACGCUCAAAAGAAGUGCAACUUCACAAAGUUUCAUUAAUGAUGAGGAGAACCCAACAGAAUAUAGUUUGGAUGGUUAUUGUGAGAACACAUAUGGCACAACCGCUUCAUGCCUCAGCAGCAUGGAUGAAGUUGAGGCCUUGGGACCUUACCAAUGGUUAGAUGAUGAAAUCAUGAAACUUACUCACAUGUUUGAAAAUGGGGUGCUCGUAAACCAAGGUGGAGUUUUAACCAAUAAUGAAGAGUGGCUUAGUAGAAAUUAUGACUGUGGACUAAUGGGAGCAAAUAAUGAAGAAAGCAAAAGUGGUGUUUGGAGCUCAUCUAAUGCAGAAAGUGGAGAGUGGAACACUACUAGCUGUUCGUCAGUGAAUUCUGUCUAUGACUAUCAUCAUCAUCAGUGGCCUGAUAUGCAAUUAGAAGGUAGUGUUGAUCAAUCCUAUAAUCCUUGGGAUUUUUGUGAAGAAAACCAGAACGAGGCUAAUUGCUUUUGGGGUACUACUGGCCAUAAUGAAGGAAAUGGCUUUUACCAGUGAUCGAUCGAUUGCAUGCGCUGAAUUGGGGGAAAUGAUUUACAUAUAUAUAGUAGUGUAAUAAAAGUUUAUGAUCCGAAGAUAAAAGCCUAUCAGUUUCUGCAUGCUGCCAUGCAAAAAGAUCAUAAAAAUUGCUAGAACUUAUUUUGUAUGCCCGUAGAGUAUGGUAAAAUUAUCUUGGUAUGUUUUUAAAAUGUUGUGAAAAUUGUUUGAUCAGAAGAGUACUGUAUUAGAUGUACCAACAAAAGAAGAGUGUAUUA